GACGUCAGACGUAGUGCUGCCUUCUGCCAGUGCAUGAAUUCUCACGUUUGGCGCUGCUAGUUCACUUUCAACUUCUAGCCGCAUUUUCCUCGCCCAAAGCUUGGCUUCUUGUCGGCUUCGUGCUUUUCGGUCAAUAUUACAGCUUUGGCUUCAAGAACAGCGCGUUCUGCGAUCGCCUUCCUCUCAUCCUGGCUGGAAAAAACAGAAGACGCCAGAUGGCCAGGAGAGCCCCGUACGAGAUAUUUCACCUCAAUCGCCUGACAAUGCCCUCCUCACUGGGCCACAAUCUUGUCCUGAGGAGUCCUGCCCACUCAACGAGCAGGUUCCCCGAUAUCAACACACGUCCUGGACCUCCUGGGCGGACUUUUGAAGUGAAUAGGAGGAGGUUGGCCACAGUUGAAGACUUGGAAUCUGCCAUGGAAAAGAUGAAAUUUGAGAUGAAAACUUCCAUCGCAAGGCUGUUCCAAGCAUACACAAUAUACCUCCUCGAUCAAGUAGAGCAUAUUAUGAAUGAUUUCGAAGAGCGGAUAAGAAGAGUUGUGCGCGAAGAGCUCGAGGAUCUCCGAAUGAGGGACCAGGGUGGCAGAGCAAGAAGAGUUGCAGCCCCUCCAGCAAGGCCGGCCCAGCCUAUACGCAGACUAUGCAGCUGCUUAGGGCCCCAGACCACUAGGGGGCCCCCAAUCUGGGCCCCCAAAUGGCCUGGGCCGGCCCUGCCCUCCAGCCCUGAAUCCCCUCCGGGAGAAAGAAAUUCGAUUCCAUCGGCUUGUUCGUGAGGAAUUCUUUGAACAGGCUUUGAGAGAGCACACGGAAGUUGGAGCAUUAGCAGCGAGCGGGAGACAGCUGAUGGAAAGCCAGCAAGUGUACAGUGAACGUGGAUGCUCUUCUGUUCUGUAACUAAUGAUCUGUCAGUAAAAAAACGUCAACACUUUCAGUAAGUUGUCUUAUUCAAGAAACCCUCAAAUACAAAGUAACACAUGGUGACAGAUGUGGUCUGGAAGAGGAUGUUAACUCAUUUGCUCCCAAAAACAAAUACAUUUUAGUUUUAAUUGUUUCAGUGUCCCAAAAACGUAUUUAUAUGUCUUUUCCCUUUUUUUUUUCUUUUUUUUUUUUAAAAACAAGAGGCAUCUCUAGGUUCUGUUGCACCUAAACUGCUAUGCACAAUGCUCAAAACUCAUUUUAAAAGCAAUAAAACUGGCCACUGGAGGGCAGUAGCACAUUUUGUAAGGAAGUGAAGAAAAAUAGUCAGGAAACGAAAGUUGGAGGGAUCUUGUGAAGACACGUGAGAAUUUAAUAAAAUGUGGAGAACGAUCAUGAAAAAAGGCAAACAACACUGGAGGAGUGUUUUGAAAAGAAAACGAAACCAUCGUCAAAGAAGGAUUUUAAAAAAUCUAUCUUGAUGAGACAGACGGUGACGGCCACAACAGCGUCAGGUUCCACACACGUUCUGCGGAGCUCACGUUGCGUUACUCCUGAGCCCGAGGUUGAAACCAACGAUGAAGAUGAUGAAAAAAGUGAGACUGAUCUUGAUCUGGACUCAUCAGAUUACUGGGCGCCACCUCAUUCAACCAGGAGCAGCCGAGAGCCUUCCCCGUUGUUAUGUGUGCAAAUAGGUCAACAGUUCAAUAGUUUAGUUAUGUGUAAA